AUGAAGAGCGUAUACCUGCUUGUGUUAGUGAGUUUGUGCCAGGGUCUACCACUGGACUCGAAGGCUGGUCUACUGUCAGCCCCUCAUCUGCUAAGAGUGAAUAUAAUAGAUCCACCAGCUAUUGAAAUGACCUGGAAUAAAAUUGACAGUGGUGACGUAAAGGUGUGGGAAGUGCAGAACACCACAAACACUUUGUUUGUCGUUGUAGAUGGAAAGGUCGACGAAGUGGUCAACACUGAGGAGCAGCCAAUCGACAUACUCUCCGAACUUGGUGGAUCACCUGAUGAGAUCCAGGUUCCAGCUGACGUGACGACAGCAGUCUACGACAAAGUGAAGAUGGACAUCACCUACGAAGUCAGGGUCCUGGCGUACACGAAGUUGGAGGAGGGUCCUCUCUCUGAUCCUGUCAGAGUUAAACUGAGCAAAGUCUAA